AGAUUCUCAUAAAUAUUGUACUGAUGACUACUGCAAUGAGGGUAUUUGAUAAAUUAAUUGAUCUUAUCAAUGUCUUUUCUCCUCUCAUAUUUAUCUGUCCAGCUUUUAUUUCCUUCAAUAAUUUUUCAAUUCAACCCUGAACUGAUUUUUUUUUUCUAUUUCACUUUUUUUUAUGGUGUGAAAUUUAGAAAAAUGAAUACCAUGACCAUGAUUAACGAUGUUUUCCUCAUCAUAGUCAUCAUCGUUUAACUCAUGAGAUUUAAUUUCAACUAUCCUGGCCAUAAUGUAAUAUUACUGAUCAAAUUGGACAGGAAACAAUCAUCAACAAAAAAAAUGAGAUCAUUUUUUAGGUCAAACCGAUAUAAAAACCAAUCAUCCUCAUAUUCAAACGAUUUUUUUCAAUUUUUGUCGUUUUUUUUUGUUAAAACGUUUUUUCCAGUCACUAAACAAAAUUUAUACAGAAAUUAGAAAAAAAUGAGUUUAAUUGAUAUGAUAAUCUACUUACCAUUAUUACUGCUGUUACUAUUCAUCAAUAAUGAAUGGCUAAUUUUUGUAAAUUCAACUUCAGUCUAUUUUGAUGAUUGUGGUAAUGGUGAAAUCAAAAGUAUUGAUAUUGAACCAUGUCAUUCAUUGCCAUGUCAUUUUGAGAAAGGUCAACGUGCCAAUCUCACUAUUGUGUUUCAACCGAAACGAAAAUCAAACUAUAUUCGUGUACAUAGUACAUUGCGUACAGGUGGCCUAUUUGAUUAUCAAAUUAAUGUUGAAGAUGAAGAUCCUGAAGUUUGUCAAUCAUCCAAUUCACAUCAUAGAAAUUGGGGAAAAAUUAAAUGUCCAGCAUUACCUGGAAAUACGUAUACGUUUAAAGUGAGCAGAAUUUUUCCAGUCUCAACCACUUGGAAUAUGUUUCGAUAUUCAAAAAUACAAUUAAAGAACGAAUAUGGUCAAACAGUUGGUUGUGGUGAUUGGUAUCUGGAAUUCAAUAGGGCAAGCAUCGAUCGUAAGAUGCUUAAUGCACAGAAUUUGAAAAAACCAUUAUCAUCAUAAUAGUCAUCAUAGUUUUUUUUUACAAGAAAAAGUUAAA